AUGGAAUCUACCUCUAUCUCCUAUGAGUACUCUUUCUUCCGAAUCUCCAAAAUUGAAGGGAUCCAAAUCUCGAUUCAAAAGUACCGAGACCUACGUCUGAAAGCCCUCCAGACCGCGCCGGGCUCUUUUUCAUCCACGUACGAAAUCGAAUCAGCAUUUACGGAAGCCGACUGGAUCAACAUCCUGACUGCACCCGACCGCGAGAUCUUCAUCUGUGCCGCCACACCACUCAAUCAAAAAUCGAGUGACUCAGAUGCCGUGUGGAUCGGGCAGGUCACUCUCCGCGGCCCACUAUCACUGGAGAACUUCAUUCUUCCCCCUGAGUCUGGCGAAGCGCCGCAGAAACUGGAUACCGAAGAAGAGAGAUGGCAGAUGCUGAGUCUAUUUACUCUGCCCGAGCAUCGGGGGCACGGACUCGGUGCCAGACUUUGUCAGAACGCACUUGACUUUCUCAAAACAUGUCGAUCAUCACCUCCCGGUGUUCAGGUUCGGCUUAUUAUCAAGCAGGGGAAUGAUAUUGCGGUGAAACUCUACGAACGGCUCGGAUUUUCCGAAGCUGGGUUGGCGACGCUUGCUGAGGCUUUGGUUGUCAAUGGAGACGGACAUCUUUUGCCGGAGGACCGGAGUGGUCCGAAAUAUAAUACUAGAGCUGGAGUGAUUAUGAUUUAUCGUAUGUCGAGGUCAUAA